CAAUUGAAUAAGUGGAACUAGGAGAUGACUCACCUAUAUCAAUCAUCCACUCUCUGCGAUUUGGACUUCUAUGAACAGACUAAUAUCAAACCUUGUUCAACUUGACUACCCUAAAAUUAUGAGUGGUAUUGCCGGAAUGAAUAACAAGUAUAGUAAAAGUCUUGUGCACUUAAAGUUAAAUUAGCUUUAAAAAUGGUCUCAAUUAGUUUUUUUUAUCCCCAUUUAAAGAUUCUGGGUAAUGGUGAAUACUAUAUAUGGUAAAAGAUUCAAAGAUCUAGAUGGAAAAACAUAUUAUUGUUGUAGUAACCUGCAGGAAAAAAGGCAAUCUAGAUUAAUCGUUUUUAUUAAGCUCGAGCCACGGGGAAGGAAAGAUCUACUUGUAAAUAAGCACAAAAUUCAGUAGUGGUAACCCCCCGGCAAUAUACUUUGCCUCCUCGGGUGGAAACUUCUUUCUUUCUUUGGGUGUGUCAAUGGAGAUGGGCGCGCGUUGAUUUCUGCAAUUUUGACCCAAAGAAACAUUAAUAAGAUUCCAGUUCCACUGUUUCCCAGGUCUGCAUUUUCCUCCCCCGCCCCUUCUUUUGUUUCUUUACUUGUCGUCGCUUCGUCUGUUUGGUUGGUUGGUCGCCGUCCCAUGGAUGGGUAACUGAAUUCAUCCCUUUUCUGUCCCUUUUUUAAUUCUAUUUCCGCUCCUUGUUUGCAUCUUAUCUUCACAAUCCAAGAUCUGGGUUCCGUUUCUCGACUCUCAAAGCUCCCGACUUCGCAUGUCAACGGCAGAACAACAUCACUUGAUCUGAAUUCUUAAGGGUUCCUUCGGGGGAGUCGGAAUUCCCCACUGUGGAUGGAGAGUUGCAGUGCGGAGGAGGGAUUCUUCGAUACUAGGGAAGAGGUCUCUUCCGUCUCCGAUUGGGCUUCCGAUUCCGACGGCAACGGUGUUUCCCCCAAUUCUCAGUUCGAGAUUUGGGCUAAGAAUAUGGAGAGCGUAGAGGAUCGGCGGCGGAGGUUCCUCGGAUGGAUGAAUCCGAGUUUCGAGCGGGGUUCGGUGGAGGAAUUGGAGAAGGAAAGUCUCGAGAAGAUCGAAUUGGAGAUUGAUAGAGUGAUGGAUGAUAGCGGCGCAGUGUUGAGAACUUCUGGUUCUGAUGAACGCGACUUCUGGUCUGACACUUUGUCACGGUCUACUUCCUGCCAGUCUGCUGAAGCUCGGGAAUCGUUUGAAGAUGGUGCUUCGGAGGUGGAUUUCAUGUACAAGAUCAGGAACUUAGACGACGGGAGGGAGUUUGUCUUCGAAGAACUGGAUCAAGCUGGAAUCUUUAGCAGAUUGCGGGAAGUGGGAUCGGAUCGUUCUCUUAGCUUUGAAGAGUUCCAGAGAAGUAUAGGAUGGUCACCUUUGAUUCAGCGGCUUCUUCGUCGAUAUGCAGAAGAGGCAAGAACCAUGACGGAAACUAGGAAGAAACCUAAGAGGGGUUGGCUGAGGAAUUUUAGAUCAUCACCAGCUCACAUUGCCGAUAAGAUCAAUGGUAAUGAGCCAUCUGGAGAGAACAAGUCGCAAAGAGUUAAGGUUCAUUCUCACAGGAAGAAGACCAAGGAGUUGUCUUCACUGUAUGCAGGUCAGGAAUUUCUGGCUCAUAAGGGGUCUAUUCUGACUAUGAAGUUCAGUCCAGAUGGGCAGUACUUAGCUAGUGGUGGAGAGGAUGGUAUUGUAAGGGUGUGGAAGGUCAUUGAGGAUGAUCGAUUUAACCGGCUUAAUGUUCUUCCGGGUAGUGAUCCUUCAUGUCUUUGCUUCGCAAUAGACCAUCAAUCGAAUAUAACUUCUUUGGAUGUAGAUGCAAUUGCAAAGAACGAUGGCCAAACAAAGAGACAUAUUUCUUCGGACUCGACUUGUGUUGUUUUGCCCCCAAAGGUGUUUAGUGUUCUUGAGAAGCCUCUUCAUGAAUUCCAGGGUCACAGUGGUGAGGUUUUGGAUCUCUCCUGGUCGAAGCAGAGGUUGCUUCUAUCUUCAUCAGAUGAUAAUACUGUACGCAUGUGGCAAGUGGGAUGUGACAAAUGCCUGAGAGUUUUUCAUCAUAACAACUAUGUGACUUGUGUCCAUUUCAAUCCUGCGGAUGAAGACUAUUUCAUUAGCGGUUCAAUAGAUGGGAAAGUCCGAAUCUGGGAAGUGUCUCGAUGUCAAGUCAUUGAUUACACGGAUGUCAAAGAGAUAGUCACUGCUAUAGCUUAUCGUCCUUGUGGGAAGGGAGCUAUUGUGGGCACUAUGAGUGGAAAUUGCCUUUUCUAUGAGAUCAGAGAUAACAAGAUGAGACAGGAUACUGAAAUAUGUUUGCAAGGGAAAACCAAAUUGCCUGGCAAGAGGAUAACUGGCUUUGAGUUUUCUCCAAGUGACCCGAGCAAAGUAAUUGUCACAUCUGCUGAUUCUCUCGUGCGAGUUCUCUGCAGCUCAGAUGUCAUCUGCAAAUUUAGGGUGUCCAGCCUUCGGGUUGCAGCAAACCAGAUGCACGCCACUUUCACCUCAGAUGGAAAGCACGUUGUCUCUACAAGCGAUGAUUCCAACAUCUACAUUUGGAACUAUGAUAAACAGGAAAAAAAGUCAUCUUCUCGAGCUAGGCAUAUCCGUUCCUACGAGAGCUUCAUCUCCCAAAAUGCUUCAGUCGCAAUACCUUGGCGUGGGGUUGAAACUGCGCCAGGCACGAUCUUAUCUCCACCGCCACCCAUUGGAGACGUCGUGCAUGAAACUAGCAGCAGCAAAAGCAUGAUAUCUUCACCAGAUUGUUUCUCGCUGACUCGUGGGUUUUUGUUAGAUUCGUUGAUCAGGGGAUCUGCCACCUGGCCCGAGGAGAAGCUUCCUGACACGAGACCAGUGUCAGUUUCAUCAACACCAAAGUUGAAACCGGAGUUCAAGUUUCUGAAGAACGCAUGCCAGAGUAUGUUCAAUUCUCACAUGUGGGGCCUGGUGAUUGUUACUGCAGGCUGGGAUGGGAGGAUUCGAACUUACCUCAAUUACGGGUUGCCCCUGCGUGUUUGACUGAAGAAAACGUGUGAAGGAGGCAACAGUAUUUAACUAAGUUUUGAUUCAUUCCUGUACCUAUAUAGAUAAGACUGUCCUCUUCUUUUAUGGGGCAGUUUAUACAAAUAGAGAAAGAAGAAGAAGGGGAAAAAAGCUGCUUAGGUUUACGCAUUGUGGACCUGAGUGAAGAUUUACAAAGGUUGUACAAUUGUUUGAGGAGUCGGCCCAUUGAAAGGCAGGCUGCAGAUUUGUAGCAUCUCAAUGUAUCUGCAAAAACCCAAGUGCACUGGAUUCACAGUGUUUUUGGUAUGUAAAGUGUGUAUAAAGAAACAAGUUCAUAUGAUUCUUUCAUUGUUUCUGUACUGAUAGCCAUAUGGAGGUCUUUAAUUGGUCUGUUGUGAUUCUCUGAAAUGACUGCUCCGUACAGCUGUAAUCCGGUCCCAAUAAGGAUUUCUAACGGUUCAACUUUCUGAUUUCCCCUCUAUGGCCUCUACUAAUUGCAGCCACGAUAAAAUAGGUAGAGGUGGUGACUGGGGCCAACUGAGCCUGCAACUUGGGUACACAACCAUUUGCUUCUGCUCCCAAAAUGUUUGUUGCUUUUCUUUCAAUGAUCGGAGUCCCCACGUCCGGUUCAAAUCAUACAUUCUUUUCUAUUCCGAUUUCAAUCAAUCUUAGAAAGGUUAAAUUAGAUAGAAGAACCCUUUUAACUCAUGGUAGGCACCCACGGCACAAUGCAUUUGGAUGACUAAAUUUGAGAAAAUAGUUGUUUGAUUACUUGAAGCUUUUAUCAUCCACGUUAGAGGUGGUAUGAUCUCUUAAUCUGAAUUCAUAAGAAUUUUACAUUGUUUUAGGCUAUCAUUUGUGGUGGUAGAAGGUUGAUUUAUAGAUAAAUUACUCAAUUCUCACUUGAUUGUUAUAGUUGAUCACAUCAAUUCUACGUUUCCGCUUGUGACAACCAUCCGACAGCUUAUCGGCUUCCUCGUGAAAGAUGGAAAGUACAUCUCUUACAUAUUUAUAGAGGAGGACACUAGUUAUUGAUUUUACGUAUAGAGUAUGACUAAUUUUUGGAUUAAACAUUCACAUCAUUAACAUAGUUCUCGCAUACUAAUGAUUAUCAGGGAAUUGAUACUCAUGAUAUACUAAACAUUUACAUGUUAUAAUGGAUUGUUAAAUCGACAAUGCAAGAAACUAAAGGACGCAUAAAUUUAUGAGGUUCACUAAUACAAAGUGUGUUAGCUAUGUCCACGGGCAUGAGGGAGCACUUUCGCUGUAGUUGAGGAGAUAAAUGUUAUAGAUAUUGAGAAGAUACAUGUAGUAUCAUAUGGCCAAACAUAAUCCCACCUAGAAAAGAAAAGGUUACAAGUCAU